AUGAAGCCUAAAAGAUCUGUCUCGGAUCUGGCCAGGAUACACCAGGACGAAAGGGAGAGCCUAGGCAAGUAUAUUGCGCGUUGGCAGAAAGAAGCGCAGGCGGUGGAUGGCCUAAACGAUCAGACAGCCCUGACGUUCUUCAUCGAUUCCUUGAGAGUGGACGGGCAUUAUAGCCGGUUGCGAGACGAGAACCCCAAAAUAUACGCAGAGGCCAUCCAGCGGGCCAAUCAGCUGGCCGACACGGAGGAAGCGGUGAAACAGAAGUGCAGACAAGAAGUUUCUUCUAAAAGACCCCGGGCGGAUAACCCUCCCGAGGGGCGAGCGGCGAAGGAAGCCGUUUCUCGUGUGAGAGCUCGUCCAAUCAUGGAUCGACUAGGAACUCCUGCCCCCCGGCCGAUGGCACGCCUGUCCACGAGGUUCGCGCCCGGUUUCCUCCACCUCCCCCAAUUCACCCAGUGGCGCAGGCCAGGCUCGGCCGAGCAGCAGGGGGUGACCAAGCAAAGCGGGACGAAAAUUGGCGACAAGGAUAAGCAGCCCAUGCGAGAGGAGGACGGAGAUCAGAAUCAGCAGCACAACCCGGUGAUAAACACGAUAGUAGGUGGUCCCAAAGGAGGUGACUCUGCGAGAGCCCGGAAGGCACACACCCGAGGCCCCGCGCCGCAUCGGCACGCCCUGGUUAUCGCAAUGGACAUUCAGGGAUUGGUCACCCGGCGGGUGCUGGUGGAUACGGGAAGCAGCGUCAACGUGUUGUACUGGGAAGCCUUUCAGAAGUUGGGCUUGGCCCGGGAACAGAUGCGACCAGUCAGGACCCCCUUGGCCGGAUUCACUGGUGAUGCGGUCGAGGCUGAAGGAUGCGUCUCUUUGACCAUCGAGCUGGGCACUUGGCCUUAG